AUGAAGUUGCCUCUUUGUUUGAUUCUCACUGUCUGUGUGUCGAAAGCAGUCGCUUUCGGUCUCUAUGGCUGCUACGAGCGACUCCUGUACUGGCAGGCUUACCAGAUGGACAGCGGAUAUAAAAAGCACAAGAUCGCUCCAGCCUGCUCGCGAGAUGCGGACACUGCAAAGAACGUCGGUCCAAUCACUGGAGGCCGCUGCAACCUCCGUCAAUUUCUCUAUUACAUCACAUUGGACGAGGGCGAGAGGAGUGUCAUCGCAGACAAGAACAAGCUCAAGGAUGCGGACCUGGCCAAGGACCAGACCGCUAUCGAUGAGCUUGCUAAGAAAAUGGAUGAUGUUGACAUUGGAAAGGCUUACAAGCCGAGCCGCAUCUAUCAGGGUUUGCAUGUGAACUCCAGGGUCGAUGAGGUUAUAAGCAAUGUUGCUGCGUUCAUUGAGCAGAAGGGCUGGUUGGAAGAAGGUAACGGCAAGCCCAGCCAAACGUUGUUCGAUUUGGCCGAAAAGGCCCGAAGCCGAGUUGAAUUCGGGCGCAAGGCCAUGGCCGCCCGGGAUAUCGGAGCCGAGGUCCGCAAGCAAUACGAUCGAGAGGUUUGGGAUAAGCAGCCCAAGAAUAAAAACGGCGAGAUUACAAAGGACGCCCCUCUGGUUGAGGAAGGACUCGUCAAGGAGAGCCUGGCAGUUCCGGAGGGAGGAGUCGGGGGAUGGCGUACCUGCGACUUGGAAGUUGCACAGAACUCGAUCAACGCCGCAGAGGCUGCGGCGGGCAGGGGCCCAGUAAACUUGAAGAAGGAUUUCGUUCGCCCUUGGCGAGACAGGGAGGCCACCCACAUGCUAAAUAUCAAAGCAGCGAGUGAGGCAAAGGCGAAAAUCACCAGUUGUUCAGGCUGAGAUGGGGGAGACUUGUACAACUAGUUUCUAGCAAAAAGGCUGCGGAAGCCGCCCCGCAGCUUCGCACCCCCACAACACAUACAGAUUGGUAUAUGUCAG